GUUUCAUCCAUAUCGAUACUUUUUUUGCCCCAUGUCUGGAGACGAUAAUUCUACGUUCCCUCACUACUCUAAUUCUGGCUUGCCGCCGUCCCCUACCAUCGAAAACCCAGGACAGGUUUACCCUCCCACCGAUCCUAGCAAAGCAUCCCCGACUCCCCCCCUUCUCCGUCAUCCCAACUCAUCUGGUCAAUUUAUCGGCAACCCGUUCCUCAUGAGCGAAGCGUUCGGAAAGCUAGACCACGCCCUCGGGAAUAUUAUUACUAUCCUGGAGCAGGAAGAAACUUCGGGGAGCAAUAAUCGGUUGUUAAGGAGGUUUUUGGACUGGAGGGACGAGCUGGAAGCUAUCAGAACGGGAAAAAAGAUACGGACUCCUAUGCAUCUCUCUCCCGAGCGUGAAUCGGAGGGUGGCUUGUUUGCGGAUUGAAUGCGUACACCUUCGUACAUUGGUGUUUUGGGUUAAAGAUAAAUAAUGUACAUGAGCAGGUGGCCACAUCGCACAUAGGGCAAUGGAAGGAUAGGAUGUUGA